GGGACUUGUAAUUGCUAGGUAGUUACGAGACCGGAUAGCAAAGAAAAACUCUCUACUUUGUUGGUAGAGGAUUGGGUUUUUGAGUUCAGACAGGUUCCAAGGCCCUUUCUUGGCUGCACGGAGUUUGGUGUGACACUUCGGACUUGUUGUAACUGGUCCCCACGCCCGCCCUCACUCAGCUCUGCACCAAGCCCCGGGGGCGCCGGGCGCGGUUCGGGCCGGAAUAAGCCGCGCUCCUCCGACCUGACGCUCCCCAGGUACCUCCUCUCCCCUCCCCUCCCUCCCUCCCGCUCGCCGCUUCCUGGGCCGCACACCGUCGGCGGCGGGCGCGGCUGCGCGCGGAAUCGAGCGCUGCUGGAGAUACUUCUCAUUGCUGCACAGAUGGAUGUUUGAAAGUGGUACUGCCAAACACUCGCAAGCAUGGAGACCUCGUCGAUGCUGUCCUCACUGAAUGAUGAGUGUAAAUCAGACAAUUACAUUGAGCCUCACUACAAGGAAUGGUACCGGAUAGCCAUUGAUACGCUGAUUGAACAUGGGUUAGAAGCGUACCGUGAAUUUCUUGCCAAGGAACGAGUAUCAGAAUUUCUAGCUGAGAAAGAAAUUAAUUAUAUUUUGAAAAACGUCCAGAAAAUGGCACAAAGUACAGUACAUGGCACUGAUAAUUCCUGUGAUGAUACCUCAUCCUCAGGGACUUACUGGCCCAUUGAGUCUGAUGUGGAAGCUCCAGAUCUUGACUUAGGCUGGCCGUACGUGAUGCCCGGACUCUUAGGGGGCACUCAUAUAGACCUCCUUUUUCAUCCACCAAGAGCACAACUACUUACAAUUAAGGAAACUAUUCGGAAAAUGAUAAAAGAAGCCAGAAAGGUCAUUGCUUUAGUGAUGGACAUGUUUACAGAUGUGGACAUUUUCAAAGAAAUAGUGGAGGCAUCAACUCGUGGGAUAUCUGUAUACAUUCUGCUCGAUGAAUCCAACUUGAAUCAUUUCCUAAAUAUGACUGAAAAACAGGGUUGUCAAGUUCAGCGUCUCAGGAAUAUUCGAGUGCGGGCAGUAAAAGGCCAAGAAUAUCUUUCAAAAACAGGAGCCAAAUUUCAUGGGAAAUUGGAACAGAAAUUUCUGUUAAUUGACUGCCAGAAAGUUAUGUAUGGUUCUUACAGCUAUAUGUGGUCAUUUGAAAAAGCUCACCUCAGCAUGGUUCAGAUAAUCACAGGACAGCUCGUUGAGUCUUUUGAUGAAGAAUUCAGAACUCUCUAUGCCAGAUCAUGUGUCCCCAGCUCAUUCGCUCAGGAAGAGUCAGCCCGGGGGAAGCGUGGCAAAGCUCUGUGGGAGAACGGCACUUACCAGCGUUCAGUCUCUUCAUUAGCUUCCGUUUCCAGCCAAAGAAACUUUCUUGGUAGACAAGACAAUACUCAUAAACUAGAUCCUGGUUACUUCAAAAACAGAGGGAUAUACACCCGGAAUGAACAUGACAAGUAUGGCAUAAGAAAUCAUGGAUACAAACCUCCUUUUGUUCCAAACUUGAAUGGGCCAAAUACAAUCCGUCAGUAUCAGCCCAGUCAGAAUGAAAAUUGGAAGAGGCACAGUUAUGCUGGGGAACAGCCAGAAACAGCACCAUACCUGUUGCUGAACAGGGCUGUAAAUCGAAACAUCAAUCCUCCUGGUAAUUGGAAAAAGUCUUCAGAUAGUUUGGCAUCCUCAUCACGGGGAGGCUAUGCUAGCCACCAUAACACACCUCCCCAGAGUUUUGGGAAUUGGCUUGCCCAGAGGAAGACAACACAUUUUGCAGAAAGGAAUUCAAAUGUGCGGAGGUCUUUUAAUGGGACAGAUAAUCAUGUUCGCUUCCUGCAACAACGAAUGCCAACCCUGGAAAAUACGACAAAGUCAUUCUUGCGAAACUGGAGAAUUGAAUCCUACUUAAAUGAUCAUUCAGAAGCUGCACCUGAUUCUAAUGGAUCAGCUCUAGGUGACCGGCUUGAGAGCUAUGAUAGUUCUGAGAAUUUGAAAGCUAAUGCCCUUUAUACACAUUCUCGGCUUCGCCCCUCUCUUGUGUUUAAACCAACUUUACCUGAGCAGCAGGAAGUUAAUAGUUCUGCAACUGGCUCCUCAAAUUCAACUAUCAUUGGUUCCCAGGGAAGUGACAUACCUAAAGAAGUCCCAGAUACCCCUACAAGUGUAGAGCAUUCGACAGACAAACCUUUGCCAGAAUCAACCCCCGAGCUACCAUCACAGUCAGAGAUGCCAAAAAUGCACCCCUCAAGGGUUCCUGAAAACCACUCAGAAGUCUUAAAUCAAACUACGAGUGGCCAUACUGAGUCAAACAACUACUUAUAUACAAAUCUGUGUGUAAAUAAGCAGACAGAAAAUCUAAAGAAUCAACAAAAUGAUAAUAUGCUUAAAAGACGAAGUUUCCCAUUCUUUGACUACUCAAAAGCCAAUUUAGAUCAUGGAAAUAGUAAGCAUUAUGUAUAUAGCACACUUACCAGGAAUCGAGUCAGACAGCCAGAAAAACCCAAAGAGGACUUGCUGAAAAGUUCUAAAAGCAUGCACAAUGUGACCAAUAGCAUAGAAGAGCAGGAGGAGGUGGUCCAGAGGGAGCCUUCAGGUGGCACAACUACCAAGUCGGUUUCCAUUGCUGCUUUGCUUGACGUGAAUAAAGAGGAAUCUAACAAAGAACUCACUUCAAAGAAAGAAGUUAAGAGUUCCCCAAGCUUUUUGAAAAAGGGGUCUCAGAAGUUGAGGUCCUUACUUAGCCUUACCCCAGAAAAGAAAGAAACGCUAUCCAAAAGUAAAACAUCUCCCUUUUAUAGGAUGUGUAGUAGUUCUGACACUUUAGCUUCUGAGGCUGAAGAGAAUCAAAACCCAAGGAAGUCAGAACCAAAAGUUGAUUCAUCUCCUAGAAGAAAGCAUACUUCCUCAACAAACUCCCAAAGCAGCAUCCACAAGAGUAAGGAAGAUGUAACAGUCAGCUCAUCUCAGGGGAUAAGUUCUGCAUCCAAUGAAAGUAAUGAAAUAAUACCUUCUCCAGGUCCAUCUGAAAACAAGUUCUUAGACAGGGCAGGGGAUGCGUCUGCCCCAAGAUUUAAUACAGAACAAAUCCAAUACCGAGAUUCAAAGGAGAUUCGUACUGUUGCUGCUCCUGGAAGAAAACCAGCUUCUUCUUCAAGGCCAAAGCCCAAUGAGCUUGUGAGGACUCAUUCAACUGACCGGCGCAUUUAUAGUCGUUUUGAGCCGUUUUGUAAGAUUGAAAAUUCUAUUCAGCCAACUAGCAACAUGCCAAAUGCCAAUAUACACCGCCCAGAAAUAAAAUCCUCAACUAUGGGUAAUAGUUAUGGCAGGUCCAGCCCACUGCUGAAUUACAACACUAAUGUUUACCACGCAUAUCAGCCAAAUGAGAACAAGUUUCGAGGAUUUAUGCAGAAGUUUGGAAACUUCAUACACAAAAAUAAAUGAGAUACUAUAAUUGCAAAUAGAUAUUAAAAUACAAAAUGCAUGUGGCCAUAAAUAUUUGUCUAAAGAACAUUGUGGAUAGUUUUUAUAACAUGCCAAUAGAUUUCUGUAGGGGCAAAAUUUGGGGUAUGAUGUGUAUUUUUCACCAACUUACUAUGUAAAGUUAUUGUUCUAUGUGAUAAAGUUGAUUGUGCUUAAUUAUACUAAUGGAAUGGCUCUAUAAACAUCAUUUUUAAAUGGUAAAGGUAAAAAAUGUAAUUAAAUUGUUUUCUUCAAAUUGAACACGUUAAAUCUUAAAAAAAAAAAAAAAAAACCUUAAUGGCAAAAUGGUAUAUGGAUUUUAACCAUUUAUUCCAAAGUUUUUCCUUUCAUUUAAAGUCUUUUCUUUUAUAAAAGUAUCCUAAUACUAUCAGUGGCCCUUUAUAACACAUCUUUAUAGGGCUCUCGUAACUUCAGGUUAUGAGAAAAGAAGAAAAAGCCUUCUGGUUUUAAAUGGUCUUUAAAUUUUAUAGGAUAACUUGUUAUGUUUUAUUAAUGUUUUAUUAAUUUUCCUGUGGAGCAUACAUAACAGGCUGGGUGGCACAGUAAAAUUUAAACUAUGUAGCUCAACAUACAUUUUUUUGUUUUAUUUUGUCUGAGGGUGCUGGCAAAGUAUGGACCUCAGGUAGUACAAGGACAUCACAGGAAUUUGCUCUCCUUCUUUCCUGAGAACCAUCCAGGAUGUGCUUCUUUCCACUUUCCCAGGGAGGCUGUAUAUCACUCACCAGUCGGCUGCCAGCCUUGGUCGUUUCUUCCUUCAAACUUACAGCAAGCCCACAGGAAUUGGAAAACCUGAACUAUUCCUACCCUUUUCCUAAUAUAAAGUAUUUUAGAGAACGUAAAUUUCUACCUAAAUUUUUAUCUUAAGAUUGGUAUGACAAUGCUUAGGUGUUUUGAUUGCAAAAGUCUUUGCUCUUUUCCACAUGCUGUGCCAAAUACAGUGUGACCGGGGUGGAGUCAUGGGUGUGAGAAUUGGUGCUCUCGUCUAUUCUGCCAUGAGCAGGGGCCCUAGUUGAAGAAUUUAAGACUUCUUAGAUUUUGAUUUAAUGAAGGUACUCAGAUCAUGAGCUACCCUGUGCCUUUCUGAGAGUAAUAAAAGUUCCAUAUCCAUUACAGAAACUUUAACUUGGCUUUACUUCAUCCACAAAGAACAGAAUUCAAGAAACAGGGCACCAUUUGAGAAGUGGAAAGUGUUUCUACAACACUUUAUUUUUCACACCUACUAAGUUCCUGUAUGGGGUAGUAUUUUAAAAAUGCAAGAUUUAUUCAGAUAUUAUCUAUGUUACUAAAUAAUUAAAAUAGUGGCAUUAAAACCAUGGUUUUAUGGUUUCCAUAAAACCAUGAUAAGAAAUAUGAUGGGGAAAAACAAGACAGUUGGGAAAAGAAAACAUAUAUUGAAUACUUACCCUAGACCAAGUCUUGAGCCUGAACCUAAAGCGGCCUCAGCAACAUUUUGUGGGUACCACUGCCCUCCUUAUUUAUAGUUAAUGAUUAAGGUGAUAAUUGAGACACUGAAAUUCAGACACAUAAUGCUCCAAGUCACAUAACUAAUAAGGUACUAAGGUGUCUAUAACAUCCUGGCACAUCACAUUACCUCCGAAAUGUGUUCAACUUCUGCCUUGCCCAAACUAUUAGGAAUUAAAUGAGAAAAAUGUUUAUAUUUCCUGACCCAAACAGCAUUCAACCAAAAAGAGUUUAGCUGAAUUCUACCAGACAACAAAGACACAUGGGUCUUAAAAUAACCAUAGUAGGUGGGAUUAAGGAAUUAAAUUGAGGUCGGUUUCUGAAUGUAACCUAGCAGGACAGUUUCCAUUGCUAGGCAGUCGUUUUGAUCCUCUUCUAGUUGACCCAUGACAAUGAGAGGAAAGGAAGAGGAACCACUAGUGAGCUCUGACCUGCUUCUGGACUAGAGAAAAAAAGCCCAUUAGGGUAGGAAGCUAGGCAGUGAAUGGAACUUAAAUAUAUAAUCUAGAUGAAUAUUCACAGUAAGUCUGUGAAGUAAGUUCCCCUUUUUUAAAAAAAUAAGGAAACUAACCCACAAAGAAAUUAGAUAAGUUUCCAAGAGUUACACAACUCUGAAUUGGCAGAACUGGGGUUUAAACACAAAAGCCUGUAUUUUUAAUGCUAUACCACACCAUACCUUACUGGCCUCUUAUUCCUCUAGGUUUGAGGAAACUCCUUUGAAAGUCAUCACUCUCUUUUGCUCUCCCUUUACAAAUUGCAAAAAUAUAACAGGAACUGGAGAGCAACAGCACUUAAUAAACAGAUUGAGAAUAUACUAUUCAGUUUUACCUCAUUCACUAAAGUAGGUUUUAAACCUCUCAUUAAAACCUAGGGAAUUCCCAAGUACUGCAACAUAGCAUUUUAUUGCUUUGGUAAAUUGAGUGUAAUAGAUUGAAAAUUCUGCACAGUUUGUAAUAAAUUAAUAGCCUAAAAAUAAAACUUGUAGAGGGGAAGAGUCAUUUUUCAUAGUAAAGGUAACCAGGGAUAUUUAUAAAAACAAAAAACUUUGAAAUGUGCAUUCCUUGUAAUAAGAAAUGGAAUUCAGUUGCA